AUGUCAUACACAAUACCUGAUUUAAGAUUUGAGCAAGGAUUUAUGAGACAACUAAAUAAUUAUGCUGGUAAUAAACAAGAGAAGAAGAAACACUCUUUAUUUAUAAAGAAGAAUUAUGACCCAAUACCUCAAAUAAGUGAUGCUGAAUUGAAAAAACUUAAUCAGAAUUUGGAUGAAGAAGAAGAAGAUUAUUUGGAAAAACCUGAACCACUAUUUCCUAUAACUCCAAAUAUUGUCAUCUACGCUUUGAUUAAAGAUCAAAUAAUAAUGCCUUUGUUGCAAGGUUUCUUUUGGACUGGGUUGCUUAUUUCGAUACGACCAUUCUUGGGAUUGAUAGUCAAACAAGGUCAAUAUGCUGGUCAUUGGGCUUCUAGUUUACUUGGAUUGAAUAGAUUGGCUCAACCAAGAGGAAGAUUUUCACUGUAA